GUGGCGAACCGGAAGUAGUAACACCGAAAGAGGUCCCCCCCUCCUCUCUCUUCUGAUAAGUUAUGUAGUCGUCUCCCCGGUUGUUGGUGCGCGUGUCUGUGUUUUGACUGAACAAUGGCUGCUUUAAAACUAGCGCUGGCUUAUUCCACCAAGGUGCUGACGACGCUGAGACAAAAGUCGCACGUCAUUUACAUCCAGAGGACGUUCGUCAGACGUCUGGAAGUUCCAGGUAAGUUCAUCACCUUUGGGCGACGGUGGAGCUCCUCGGCAGCCGGAGCGGAAAAGGCAGAAGACUCUUUCUUCAAAUGGUUCCUGCUGCUCAUCCCCGUCACCACCUUCGGCCUCGGUACAUGGCAGGUGAAACGGCGUCAGUGGAAAAUGCAGCUGAUCGACGAGCUGACGAGACUCACCGCAGCAGAACCCAUCCCUCUUCCUCUGGAUCCCACUGAGCUGAAAAGCCUGGAGUACCGGCGGGUGCGAGUGCGUGGACGGUACGACCACUCGCGCGAGCUGUACGUUCUGCCGCGCUCACCCGUCGACCCGGAGAAAGAGGCCAGGGAGGCGGGCAGGCUGGCUUCGAGCGGGGAGACCGGCGCGAACGUCAUCACUCCGUUCCGCUGCACCGACCUCGGCAUCACGAUCCUGGUGAACAGGGGAUACGUCCCGAGGCAGAAGAUGAGACCGGAGACCAGGAUGAAGGGUCAGGUGGAAGGCGAGGUGGAGGUGGUCGGGGUCGUUCGGCUGACGGAGAAACGAAAGCCCUUCGUACCGAACAACGACGUGGAGAAAAACCACUGGCACUACCGAGACCUGGAGGCCAUGGGCGGCGUCACCGGGGCCGAGCCCGUCUUCAUCGAUGCAGACUACCGGAGCACAACUCCUGGCGGACCAAUAGGUGGACAAACCAGAGUGACCCUGAGGAACGAACACCUGCAGUACGUAGUGACAUGGUACGGCCUGUGUGCAGCAACCUCCUACAUGUGUUACGCAAAGUUCAUCAAGAAGAUUAAAUUGUGAUUGUGAACGAGUGACCGUGUAUUAUUGUCUGAAAUAUAUUUUAAAAAAGGAAAUGCCGAUUUACUUGAUUUGUGCAAUUUUUCCAGGUGGAUUGUUCUCCUGAAACAUGUUUGAGAAUAAAUGUAUAUAACUUGA